AGCAGUGGAUCAGCUGCCCAGAGAGAUUGUGGAGACAUUCCAAACCCACCUGGAGAUGUUCGUGUGCCACCCGCCUAGAGAUCUCCAGAGGAGCCUUUCAACAAUAACAAUUCUAUCAUUCUGUGCUAUAUGAGCGAAGAUUUAGUCAGCACCUAGAGUGAAGUCGAGCGCUCCUAGCCAGCGUUGGUGUUGCGGAGGUACACGUGGAGCUGUUUUGCAGCGGGCACGGCCCGCCCCCGACACACGGCACAGGCGCGGCUCCGGCAGUGCGGGAAGGGCCGGCCCGGCGGCGGACAUGCCUCUGGCCAAAGACCUAGUGCAUCCCUCGUUAGAGGAUGAGAAGAGAAAGCACAAAAAGAAACGUCUUGUGCAGAGCCCAAACUCCUACUUUAUGGAUGUAAAAUGUCCAGGAUGCUACAAGAUCACCACUGUCUUCAGCCAUGCUCAGACAGUAGUUCUGUGUGUAGGGUGCUCAACUGUCCUGUGUCAGCCAACUGGGGGCAAAGCCAGGCUUACAGAAGGCUGUUCAUUUAGAAGAAAGCAACACUGAACAGUUCAGCAUGUGAUUUUUGGAUCUGUGUUCCUGAAAGCCUUACUUGUUUAAGAAUGCCUGUUACAACAACAAUGUAAUUAUGAUUAAUUUUGUACAAAUUACAUGCUACUGCUGACUAAUCUGCUGGAAUCUCUUUUUCAAUAAAUGAUCUGAAGUGCAAGUUUUUCCUGUAAGUUUGCAGACAACCAAGCUCUAUUUUUAUAAUUUUACAUUUAAACAGUAAAAACCUUGAACUUCCUGCAUCCUUCCCUUUGCUAAUCAUAAACUACAGCAGUGUAAUGCAUAUUGCUUUAGGAAUGCAUUUUGUGUAUUUUAUUUUUGCAGCUACCAUAACUGCAAGGGUUGCAAAAGCUAGAUAAGAUUUUAAAUGGCUCCUUUGCUUUCAAUGUUGCUGUAGUGCCUUCCUCAUCUUGACUAAUGUGGUGAUAAAUAAAAAUGUGAAGUUACUCACCUA